GCGGCCCUGGCCACUCACACCCAGCUCGACGCUCCUGGCCCGCGCGUGCAGCGGAGCGGAGCCCUGCACGGCCGCUCCGGGAAAGGGCACGCCGCGCGGGAAGCCGCCAUGGACCGCGACGGCCCGGCGAGCAGCCCCCUGAUCGCCGGCAACGAGACGGCGCCCCCGGUCGCCGCCACCCGCGACUCGAGCCCGGGCAGGGCCGGGCCGGGACCCGCGGGCCCUGGCGGCGGCGGCGCGCGCCUCGGGGGCGGGCGGCCGGCGGCGGCGAACGCAGCGCGGGAGCGCAGCCGCGUGCAGACUCUGCGGCACGCCUUCCUGGAGCUGCAGCGCACGCUGCCGUCGGUGCCGCCGGACACCAAGCUGUCCAAGCUGGACGUGCUGCUGCUGGCCACGACCUACAUUGCUCACCUCACCCGCAGCCUGCAGGACGACGCCGAGGCGCCGGCGGACCCAGCGCUGGGCGCCCUGCGCGGAGACGGCUACCUACACCCUGUCAAGAAAUGGCCCAUGCGAUCAAGAUUAUACAUUGGUGCUACUGGUCAGUUUCUGAAGCAUUCUGUGUCUGGAGAAAAAGCAAAUCAUGGCAGUACUACAACAGACUCACAGCCUUAGGUUUUGCCCUGGUGGGUGCUAGUACAAAGUGGCAUCUAUUGUUUCUAAAUAGUAGGAAAUCAUUCUGUAUUUAUUA